AUGGAAGAGCACUACAACAAAAAUGACUUUCCUCAGCGCAUCAUCAAUGACACGCGAUUAAAGCACGCCGUUAAUAAUAGUUUUGACGGCGUGCCCAAUUAUGUGCAAUGCGGAUAUUCAGUCUGGUUUCAAGAAGAACAAGAAGUUGGUGAUGAGGACGAGGAGGUCAUAUUUAAGAUUGGCGUUGCCGCCAAUAGGGGAAUAGCCUUUGAUGAAGCAAGAUACAACAACUUCAUUGACCUGCAAGAUAAAUUGCACCAAAAUAUAUGUAGAACCUUAGUUGCUAUUGGGACACAUGAUUUGGAUACAAUACAGGGUCCUUUUUCCUAUGAGGCUUUACCACCUCAAGAGAUUAAUUUUGUGCCUUUAAAGCAGGAGAAAAUUUUCAGGGUUGAUGAGCUGUUGGAAUAUUACAAAUCAAAUAUGAAGCUUAAGAAGUUCUUGCACAUAAUUGAGAACUCUCCUGCGUACCCAGUGAUCUAUGACAGAAAUAGGUAAAAAUAAUCAUCUGGUACCCACAUUAUUUGGCUACAACC